AAACCCUGCAAAACCCUGCAAAACAGGCACUAGCCUCCCCCACCAACGUGAUCAAUCAAUGCUUGUGUUGCGCGCUGUGCCUCGCUUGCACACUUCCCACUGAAUCAACGAGGGUUUCGGCUUGUCCGGCUUGUCCAUCGAAGCUUAUCUUUUCCUUACUCCGGUAGAUAUGAGGGAUAUGUUGAUUGUUUCGACUGCUCUUGCUCGGUCGUGUUCCUGGUCAGCCCCUCUCGCAUUCGCGCCGGGGUAGGUCCCCCGUCCUAUGCCAAUGACAAUGAUUCCUUAAAAUACAAGGAUUUUGAAGUGCUCUUAAUUCAUGGGUCUGACGGUCCAGAACUUCCUUCGCAAGCCGGAGCAGUCAAGCUCCGGCUUGCGAAGGGACGGACAAAGAUGUACUGUUGUGACCCUCCACAAGGACCGCAAGUGUCGAGCGCAGUGCCCUGUCACUAUGUUCCUCGGUUUGGCCUUUGCGGACCACGCUUUUGAGGACAUAAACCCAAGGCAACUUGGUUAUCUAAAGAUUGAUGAGCUUACUAGCCAUUUGCCUCUCAAGAUCAAGGACAGCAUGCUCGAAGUUCCAGUUUGCCGUGUGUACUCGAAAGGUGCAAUAAGCCCAUCCAAAGCCAUAACAUACAAUGUCCUUCGAAACCAAGCAAAUCAGCUAGGCCAGCGUCUUGGCUAUCAAGCGGUCCUUCGGCCAUAUAACUUUCGGCGCGGUACAGCCAACGCCAUAGCUGGCGAAGUCACCGCCGAGGAGUACACAAAGUUGUUAAACCACACCACUAAGACAUCUGCUGAAUAUUAUGCCUCGGAUGAAGUCCAAGUGGACUCGCAGAACCACUUCUUACAAGCAGCUCAAGAGAUGGGGCGUCUACAUAAACUGCGGGGCAUGAAUUUCUACAAACAAUCGCACGCUCCAAGCUGCCUUCAACAUUCGGAGAACCAGAAGAUCAUCAACGACCCAGAAUACAAAUGCCUGGAAGCGAUUGAGUCAGAAGUCUUGGGUGAGAUUUCUCAAAAUGUGGCAAACAAGGAGUGUGUGGGGUCAGUGCUGCAGAAGCGUUUAGCAGGUGCUAUAAGCAAACGCAAGAACUACUAUAGGCGGGCUUACGAGAAAGCCUAUCGGAAGUACAGAUCAGAUUUUUUUCAAGAAGUGGGACCAAGAGAAGUCCAACGCCAGAUUCAAGCCAUGGAGGGAAGUGAAAGAGACCUCUAUUUCUGACAGCUUUUCCGAUCUACACCACUCUAGCAGAGGUGUUGCUGCCGGAUACUGCAAGAGAGCAUAUUGCAGAGGUAUUCUUCCGCACUGAAACUGAGAGCAAGGGGCUUCCGGAUACCAGAGUCCUUGAAGCACUCCAGGCUUUAUCUGCUCCCGAACCAUAUGUUCUAUAUUAUCCGGACGAGAUACCCGUUGUUACAAUAUCAAGUGCGCCUUGCAGCUUGAGUGAGGGUUCAGGGGUGUGGGGAGCUUUCCGGAGUUGGAGUGAAGUUUUCAGUUGUGGAGUGAAUUCUCAGAACUGGUCUCGCUAAAGAGAAUUCACUCCACAACAACAUAGCUGUAUAUAGAUCGAGCCACUGCUCGAGUGCUCCUCUUCUCUUUCCUUUCUUCUCUAGAUUGAGUUUAAUUCAUAAUACCCAACUGGCGCCCUAUGCCUUGGUGAACCGUGACAUAAAACUCAAUCUCUCUUAUACCUCUUUUCCUGCUCUUUGAGCUGAACCCUCUUCUGAAAUCGAAAUCGAAAUCCACUCUUUGGAAACCCCAGAACCAGAAACCUUAUCCUGAAGUCGAUUCCAGGACGAUCUCGAGGCAACCCCUCAAAGUUGGCUUUCGACAGUCAGCUCGACACACACACACCACCUUUGCAAGUCAGACCUUUUACAACGCUCCCUCAACAAGGGUAUAACUGUGAGAGAAGUGUGCUCCUCUCGAGUGUGUCAUACUGACAUUCGUUGCACUCAGUUUGCUAUCAAACUCAAGAGCAAACUUAGAAAUCUCCUCCUCAAACCUACAAGUCACCAUACAUAUCUUGGCUUAUCACACCAAUAACAGAAGCAAUACUACUCAACGAUUGCUGCAAACCCUUCUACUACAUCUGUUUAU